UGGAGACGACGCUUGAGGCCAAUCAAGAUUAGAUCGGAAGCACUUUUUUUUUAGAUUAUUUUUCACGGUGGUCCUAGAGAACGAGUGGAGUUCCUUGGAGUCUUAGGAAGUGGAGGUGGAGGAGGAGACCGGCCGUGAAAGAAAAAGGUGGGCGUUGUUUUGUGGUUUUGGAUCGAGGAUUCGGGAUAAAGAUUGGAUUUUUGGAGUGUAUAGUGAUGUAUGGAUCGCCGUCGAUGCCGGCGUCGAAGGAUCUAAGCUCCAUUCUGUUCGCCGGAAACCACCCUCAGGAGCACCCGAUGAGCUCCGGCGGCCUCCUCCGCUACCGAUCGGCUCCGAGCUCCCUGCUCGGAGAAAUCCGCGAGGAUUUCCUCCCGGUGAGCUCCCCCCCGUGUCCCGAGACAGCAACAAGCGCCGCCAUGUUCUGUAGAUUUUUAGCCGAGGAUAUCCAGAUCCGCGACGACGUGCCCCCCGGACGAGGUGGCGCGGCCGCAGCCCAGCCGCUCCUCCCUCAGUUCACUACGCUGGCGUCGGCGGAGCGGAGUGGAGCACUUUUCUCCCCUGCUUCGCAGCAAAAUCACCAGCAGCAGCAGCAGCAGCAGCAGCUCGCGAGGGUGAUGGAGCAAACUAAGAACGGCGGCGCCGCCGCCUCCGGCUCAUCAAAUCUCGUAAGGCACAGAAGUUCCCCCGCCGGAGUUCUCUCUCAUCUCAACGCGAAUGCUGGAUAUCCAAACAUAUCAAAGAAUCAAAUCAGCUUCUCUUCAAUCCAAAACAUCUCCGAGGUCGUCAUCGCCGGGAGCAGCUCCGACGACAGCAGCGGAUACAUACCGCGAUUCCCGUCGAGCAAUAAUUGGGAGAACUUUUCGCGGGGAAAGAGCACGAUCGACGAUAAUCUCAAUCCAACAGAGCUCGAGGCGAGGAAUCACGCGCCGACUCUGCCCCAUCAGUUCAGCUUGCCGCCGAAGCCCUCGCCGGAAAUGGCCGCCGUGGAGAACUACUUGCACUUCCAGGACUCAGGCCCAUUUAAGAUCCGAGCCAAGCGAGGUUGCGCGACUCAUCCCCGAAGCAUAGCCGAGAGAGUGAGGAGAACAAGAAUCAGUGAAAGAAUAAAGAAGCUGCAGGAACUAGUCCCAAACAUGGAUACGCAAACCAACACUGCAGACAUGUUAGGUCUGGCCAUCAGCUACAUCAAAGAUCUCCAAGAACAAGUUCAGACACUUUCCGAGAGCAGGUCGAGCUGCACCUGUUCAUCUGGCAAGCAGAAGCAAGAUCAUCAUCAUCAUCACCCAUCAGCUUGAGAAGUAGAAAAA